AUGAAUUCAAUUUUGGCUGGAGGAAAAUAUCCUCUGCAGCAACGGAUUGAAGACAAGAAACGCGGAAUUGGCCGGCAGAAAUAUCCUUUUGUUGUAUGGGCUUUGACUGCUUCUAUGCUCGCAGUGUUCAUCUACGAGCUGACCCUAAAUGCACGACAACAGGGAAGCCCUAUCUCACUCAAGCCAGUCAUCAAUCCUAUGCUGGGUCCAUCUGGGAGCGCUCUAAUCAAUCUUGGGGCACGUUUCCCGCCAUGUAUGAAGCUUGUGACGGACGUCCCUCCGUCUACAAAAAUCGCCUGCAUGAACGACACAGCCAAUCCUAUCACUAGCAUAUGCACAGUGGAGGACCUUUGCGGAUUCGGAGGUUUUCAUGGUCAUUCUCCCAAUCAAUGGUUCCGAUUUGUCACUCCAAUAUUCUUACACGCUGGGAUCAUUCAUAUUCUCCUAAAUAUGUUGGCUCAAAUUACUCUGUCGGCACAGAUUGAGAAGGAGAUGGGAUCUGGGGGGUUCUUGCUUACAUACUUCGCGGCUGGAAUUUUUGGCAAUGUUCUCGGUGGAAACUUCUCCCUGGUAGGUGUACCAUCGCUUGGAGCGAGCGGUGCAAUAUUUGGCACUAUAGCUGUAACCUGGGUUGAUCUCUUCGCUCAUUGGAAAUACCAUUACCGACCUGUCCGAAAGCUAAUCUUCAUGACGAUAGAAUUGCUGAUUGGAAUCGCGGUGGGUUACAUUCCGUGUGAGUCUUUCAUUGAUAAACUUUCCCACAUUGGGGGAUUCGUAAUGGGGCUUCUUGUGGGCACGACGCUGUAUCCCGUAAUCAGUGCGUCAAAGCGGCACAAACUCAUUAUGUGGAUUUUUCGCCUGGCUGCUAUCCCUCUCGCUAUUCUACUAUUCGUAGUCCUUGUGAGGAACUUCUACACGUCUGACCCAUACGCUGCAUGCUCGGGGUGUCGUUACCUCUCUUGCUUCCCUACGUCCGCCAACAAUCAUUGUAAAGGGUGA